UAGGCAUUUUGAUGAAAUAAUCGAAUGAUUUUUUUUAGAGAUACAGAUGUCCAAUAAUUAAUUAUUAUUUAUUAAUAUUAACAGACUCUUCCAUAAAAUUAAUAAAGUUGGUGUGUUGGGUUGUUAUUAUAAGUAGUUAGAUCUGGUAUUAGUAUUGUAAUCUCAGCUAAUUUUAUUUUUAUGGUUAGACAUUAGGGUUAAGCGUAUGGUAGGACUAGCCUAGGGUUAAGGACGGGGUUAGCAUUGACAUUAGCCAGCAAUGUGUGUAUACUAUUUAGUUAACUACCAGUAACCUAACACCUCUUUUCUUAAAGGAGAUUCUAUUAUUGGACACUGGUAUAUAAAAAUUCCCCCAUCUAGUCAAUUUAGCAUAUUAACUUUCUGUGCAAUGUCAUUAUAACUCAAAUUUGAAAAAAUUCCAAAGCCAGGUCUUAAAGACAAAUAAUUAGAUUGGAUAAAGGACAUUUUUUUCAAAAAAAUAAUUAUCUUUACAAAACAGAAAUAGACUGUAAAACCUAUUAACUAAUAACAUGGCAAUAAAAAAACCUUUUUUGCAAUUUUCACGCAUUAACACUACAUAAAAGUAUAUUUUGAGCAUGGUUAUUGGCAGGAUUUUCUAUGGGAACACAUCUUAUACCGACUGUACCAAACACAGCAAAAGUUGCCGACAUGUCCUAAUCCCUUAUUUUAUUCUUUUUAUUAAAUGCUGCAUCACUAGUCAAGUGUCUUUUUGAAACUCUGGUUAAACAACUUCAUUAGGAAGCAGAGAUCAAUCACUAUUAUUUUCUGAUUCAGUAGAAAGCAGAGAUCAAUCACUAUUAUUUUCUGAUUCAUUAGGAAGCAGGGAUCAAUCACUAUUAUUUUCUGAUUCAGUGUAUCAAGAGCAAUGCCUGACAUGUGUAAAUCUUGUGGGGAGACAGCUGUGAUAGAGGUUGAUUUGGAUGGCCAAGGUAUUCACAAGAUAUGCAUUGAGUGUGCAUCUGUAGCCUCAGAAAACAACUCUAAUGGUGGCCAUGGAGAUGCAGCACCUGUACAAGACGUGGCCCAAGACAACGUGUGUCAGUCUUGUGGCCAAACCUUGUCGUACUCCACUGUGUCUGCAGGGCAGAUGAUGUGCACUGAAUGUCUAGAUGAGGAGGGUGAGGAAAUGAUAGAUGAUGAGACUGAUGGGGCUGCUGUGGAUGACAAAGGUGGGGCAAAGCUUGCGUGUAUAUCUUGUGCAAGUCUGGACCUGGGCAUGGAGCUGCUGGGAGCCGACGAACGGCUCAUCUGUAGAAGCUGCGGCUCAGUCCAGGACAGUGAAAAUUUAGUGACUGAUGAGUUUGGGACAGUGACUCGAUCUUAUGGAAAUAAAACAACGACACUCCCCAAAUAUGCUAGCACACCCUCGGUAGUGAAAGGUCGAAUAGCAGGCCAUGAUAAAAUAUCCCUGCUGCAGGAUAAACUAUGCUUGUCAGAGGCUAUCAAACUUGAGGCAGUUGAAAUGUUUGACAAAGUCUUCCCAAAGAAGGAGGUGGUGAGAACUAACAUCAGAAGAAAAGAACACAUUGCCGCUGCUUGUCUUUUCAUUGUCUGUAGGCUGCAUGAGCUGCCGGUCUGUGUCUCUCACUUCAAGCCUCAUCUUGACAGGCUGGCUUUUUUUACCAAAGGAAAAAAUUUGAUCACUCAAAGCCUAAACUUGACCCUGCCUCAGAUGAACUUUGGUACACACGUGGGAGGAUUCCUGGAGGGUCGAGGUUUUGACAAGCAAAUAGUGGGGAAGGUAAGGGAUAUUUUAUUCUUGUGUCGUCGAGCCUGGCUGACAGAGGGGCGCUCAAGGGAAGGCUUGAUCACACUUGCUGUCUAUUACGCUUACCUCAAUUCAAACUGCAAGAAUGAGUUCAUAAGUUUAAACAAAUUUAGAAAAAUGUUUGCCUUUCCUAAUGUUUCUAAUAAAUUAAGCAAAGAUUGCUGCCAGCUCUUGCUUAAACUUGCUAGAAGCCUCCCUUGGGUGGAUGAAAAACUUCUCAAGCCUAACACUGUGUAUCGCUAUGUGGAUGACAUUAUCAAGUACCAGAACAGUGUUUUUCAUUUAGUGUUUACACAAGAUUUGCCGACUGAAUUCCACAAGGAAAAUUGUGUGGAAGGUCAACGGGAGCUGCUGCUGCCUCCUGCAGCCAAACGGGCAAGAAAACAAAGCCCAGUGGUGGAAGUGGAAAUUCCUGCCCACAUUGACCUCGACUGUCCAGAGCUCAAAGAUACAGACUUUGACAAGGAUGAAAUUGCCUCUUAUAUUCUGAGUGAAGAAGAGCAAGAAAACCUGAAGCACCUCAAGCAAAAAGCAUUUCAUCAUUAGUAAUUCUUAGAUCCAACUCAAUGAAAAAAAUGUGCUCACUUGUUUUACUUGACACAGUAAAUAGAUUAGAGAUGAUUUUUUUGAAUUUCUUUGAAUAAUAAUAUUUAAAAAAAAUUUGUUUGUAUUUACUAUGCAUAUAUUAUUAAUAAAUACACAUUGGACACUUAUGCAUGUCUAUAGCUUUAAAAGUAAAAACAAUUCAUGUAGAUUAAAACAUUGUCAACUCAUCAGUUGGUACUAGUACAUUACAGUUAGAACUAGUAGUACAUUCCAGUUGGUUCUAGUACAUUCCAGUUGGUACUAGUAGUACAUUCCAGUUGGUACUGUACAUUAGUUGAUACUGCACAUUACAGUUUGUACUAGGAAUAGGUUCAAGAUUUUUGUUACCAGGUGUUAGCAAUUGGCCAGAAUAAAGAAAUUACUUCUGAAGGCAAAGGGAGGCAUCAAAUUGGAAUAUCCAGAAUAACCUGUGACUAAAAUAAACAUAUAUUUGUCAUUAAAAAAAAUCAAAUAAAAAUGAGCAUUUUGAUUUAAUUUUAAAAUAA